UGACUCCCCCUUUGGUUAAACAACGCCGACGAUGCUGCGGCAACUACUCGGAUUGCGCACGUCGGUGAUCCAAGCUCCGAUGUUUGGCGUGUCAACGCCAGCCCUUGUAGCUGAAGUGGUCAAGCAUGGCGCAUUGGGCUCGUAUGGCGCUGGCGUUAGUCCACCUACAAUCGUGCGAAAGGACUUGGAGGAAAUCGCCCGACUCGUCCCAGACAAACGGUUCAACCUGAACGUGUUUGUUGAAUCCGCGUCCUCGUCGCGAACUUCUGAGCACGAUUCCGCCGCCAACUGGAACACGUACGACCGAUUGCUCGAGCCUGUUCGUGCUGCUUUGCAACUCGGCAUGCCUUCUGGCUCGGUGCCCGAACCUCCAGCGUCGUUCUUGGACGACCAUCUCGCGCUGGCGCAGGAGUUCCGCCCGGCGGUGGUCAGUUUUUGCUUUGGUGUGCUUGAUGGCGCUGUGGUUCGAGACUUGCAGGCGUUCGCAUUGGUGGUUGGUACCGCGACGUCCGUGGAAGAAGCGGCGAUGCUAGCUGACGCUGGGGUCGAUGCCAUUGUGGCUCAAGGGAGCGAAGCAGGGGGUCACCGUGGAGGUUUCAUCGCCACUCGCCAUCCCACCGACGCCUUGAUAGGCAGCAUGGCGUUGAUUCCACAGAUCUGCGACGCUGUUGGCCGUAGCCGCAUCCCUGUGAUUGCUGCUGGUGGCAUUUCUGAUGCGAGACACGUUCAGGCAGCAAUUGCGUUGGGUGCCGACGCAGUGCAAGUCGGCACCGCCUUCGUUGGAACCCCCGAGAGUGGUGCAUCUCGCGAGUGGAAGUUGUCGCUGGGUCCACGAGUGCAUCCGUCAACGGGGACGACGGUCACUCGUGGUCUUACAGGGCGCCCCGCUCGCAUGCUGCGCAACAAGCUUGUGGAUGCAUUGCAACCACACGAAGCGCUGGCCGCGUCGAGUCCAUGGCAACGACAACGAAUGCGAGAUAUCUUUCAGCGAAAAAAUGCAGAGUACAUGGGGCUGCUGGCAGGUCAGGGCCAUCGCGCUUGCGAUGCACUCACGUCCGUGGAGGCGGUGCUGGCACGUCUUGUCGUCAAGUAGGCACAGCAGUGCACACCGUCGAAUGAUGCCGUCGGUGCCAUAGCGUCCGUGUUCGAGCGUGCAGAACGAAGGGAUGCCCGUGCAAAUAAACACGGCGCACGGCCGAACAAAUGAACGCGUGCAUGCACAGGCACCGCCAGGGGAUACACGACGGUGCUCCACUCCAGGAGAGCGCGCUUCAUGAGCAGAAGUGAUCAGUAGUGGCUUUCCUCUGACACCCUUUGCAAGUAGCCCGACGGGGCGGUACCGGAACGAUGUCAUCACACGGAACGAUUCCACGACCGCACGUUGACAAUCGUUUGGCUUAGCCACCAGCCGUAGCGAACAAGGCGGGAUGCUGCGAUGUGGCGAGUGUAUCGAACAUAGUUGGCCGAUUCGUGAAGUGCACAUUGUGUCGAGGCAAAGAAUUGUCGUGGCGACGAAUGGACAAACAGCGAAUGCAAGGUC